AGAAUUGCACAACGCGUAAACACACAUUUCUGGAUGUUAAAAAAACGGAACUACAUAAAAUCAAGACUGGCUGCCGGGUGGUACGAUACGUGUUAAGAGCAGGAUUUUAUCCAAAGUAUGGAAAUAUUUGUUUACCGCGGUGAAUGGGGAUUACCCUCUAUUGAUUGCGAGUGUAACCGGCUGUUGGCAUAUCUGAAAUUUUCCGGUGCAAAAGUAACGGUCAACUAUAAUGGGAAUCCGUUCAGCUCACCGAACGGUAUGCUACCGUACAUGAUAGCGAACGGUAAGAAGAUUGCCGGAUAUGGACGAAUAGUGGAGCAUCUGUCGGCUGCCGGUAUUGGACCACCGAUGCCAAACAAGACCCCGAACGUAGGCGAUGAAAGCCAGCAUGCUACUCGUAUUAAUGGACACAUGCAGUAUGUGCAGGAGAAUUUGCAUGCCUACUUUAUGUACAUGCUAUGGGGCGAUCCAAAGAACGUGGACACCACGCGUACUGUGUAUGCGAAACGCAUUCCAAUUCCAUUCAAUUUUUAUUGCCCCCGAAAGUAUGUGCUGCGGACAAACGAUAUCACGCAAUCGUUGGCAGGAUUUUCGCUAGAAGAUUCGAUCGAAUUUCACGACGUAUCGGAGUUCCAACAUAAUGCUAAAACCUGCCUAAACUGGAUUGCAACGAAGCUUGAAGAUAACCGCUGGUUUGUCGGUGACCAACCCACGGAAAUGGAUGCCAUGCUGUACGGUUACCUAUCAGUUUUGCUAAAGCUUACCCUACCAAACAAUGUGCUACAGAACCACAUCCGACAGUGUCCGAAGCUAAUGCAGUACGUGGACCGAAUAACGACCACAUAUUUUGCAAAGGAAGGAUACAAUAGUUUUACUGCAACGAAUACUAGCAACGGUACCGGCAACCAACAGAAGAGUUCCAAUACGGGAACACCAAAUGAUGCCAAUUCUUCAUCUUCCUCGGCCGGUGGUGAACGGUCGGAGAAGAAUGGAAACGAUGCAAAGUUUCAUACCGGCCAGCAGCAAGAUCCGGACGAUGGGCCGAAGGAAAGACGAAAACGUUACAUCCUGUCGGGGUUGGUUGCGACAGUGGCAAUGGUAGGCUUUGCCGUACUGAAUGGUAUUUUAACGCUCCCCAGUGAAGGAAACCAUGGCAAUUUCGUACAGUACGAUGAUCCGGGCGACUAUGAUGACGAUGAUAAUUAGGUAGCAGUCCAUUACGGUUCCACUGCCAUUGUUAUGCUCGCUGCAACGGCUUCCAGAUAGGGUUGCUUCAACUAAAUGCUUUACAACGAUCCAAGCAACAUUCUAGCCCCCCCACCCCGGGUUACUUGGAUCAUUUUCAACGAUUUAUUGCAGCAGUAGUCAGAAACAAUUUACCAAAAUUAGUGCGUUUCGCUGAAAGUGUGUGAAAAAAAAACAAACAAACAAAAACAAAACAAUUCAUAAAGAGCAGCACGCAUGUUCGUUACACUUAAA